GUAUGUUUUUGAACAUGUCAUAUCUGCUUUUCCUCAGCUGUUAAAUGCAGUGGGGUGAAGACCCAGCCAGACUCCAUGUCCCAGAAUGCACGGAAGGCUCUCCUCCGUAACCUGGGAACCCCCACUGACACCCCCCCCAGCACUCUGCUGGUGAACAGCAAAGGCCUCAACCCCAGCCCCAAGAGGGCGGUACGGGACCCCAAAACAGGACGAGCGGUCCAGGAGAGGAACUCGUACGCAGUCAGUGUGUGGAAGAGGGUGAAGGCCAAGCUGGAGGGCAGAGACAUCGACCCCAACCGGAGGAUGAGCGUCACAGAGCAGGUGGACGUGGUGAUCAAAGAGGCCACCAGCAUGGAGAACCUGGCUCAGCUGUAUGAGGGCUGGACGGCCUGGGUGUGAGCGCCUGCCCCUUCAUGUCUUUGUUCCAGCGAAGGCUUGGAGAUCCACCAGAGUCCAGCGGGUCUGGGGUGUCGGAACAGCAGCACCGGGCCACACUGGGGGGAGCGAACGAGAGGCGGAUGCUCAAUCCGCUUCCCAAACUCCUGGGCACACAAACCGGUGCAGCGACCUCGUAGCACCGCUGCAACCACACCCCCCCCAACCUCCGGCGAGCGGGCUAACACACGCUUUGUGGGCCUGCCGCCCCGCCCUCCUUUCUGGGGUUUGACCAGGCAACGCAGUGCCGGAUGGGGGGAGGGGGAAGGAAGGCAAACGCCUCCUCACCCUCGACUUAGAAACACCUUCCCCCCCCUCACCUGCAUAGCUCACAGUCAAGUUGUACCCAUAAAUCAAUGCAUCCUGUUGAGCCAAUCAGAGUCCACCUGAGGGCAGGGUGAAGCAGGAAGUGAGCCGCCUCCCUCUGAAGCACACAGCCGCCGCGCUGUGGGUGGGACUUCACCGGGGGGGCUCAGAUGGGCCACUCACAUGGUCACACUUGUUUUUCUCUAAUCUUUUCCGUUGUGAUUGGCAGCGGGUUGGCAGGAGCUGAGAGCCAAGGUUCUUCAGGAUCCUGAAUCCACACCACCCAGCAGCUGCAGUGAAGGAAAUAAAGGGGAACAGUCAACUCGGUGUAUUUUGGUUGAUAAACAGUCAAAACUUUUACAGAAUUGUUGAUUGGAGUUGUUUUCUAAGGGAGGUUCUUUGUGCUCUGGUUAAGUGAACGGCCUGUAAUGUGACUAGUUUCUGAUGUCUCAUCUCGUAGAGCAUGAGGUGACAUCACUCCACGAGGGCGGCCUCACUCUUUUUCUUGGUGUGUUUCUUCAGUCUGUGUGAGCUCUGUAACUCUUCUGUCCUUCUUUAGUUCUGUAGAUGUUUUCUGCCUUUUUUGAAAUGCCUGUCACAAGCUGUUGCUUGCCUCAUUGACACCCCCCCCCCCAUGCUUGCAUUUUAUUAAUAUUGACCUUCUAGUUUUACAUUUUUAGUGGGAGAAUUUAUCUUUUUGGUGAUGGUGCAAAAUGUUAAUUCUUAAAGCUUUUAUUGGAUUUGGUUGGAUGCCAAAUAAACAUUGAACUAUGAA